AUGGCAUUACGACAGAAGAAAUCGAGGCACAAUCCUCCAUCUCCAAAGCUUUCUUUGAUCUCAAGGUCCACCAAGGGCAGGAUUACUCAUAAUCACAAGACCAACAAUGGAUGGGAGUAUAAGGUGAGCUCAGCAACUACGACCCGGGAGAGGAGGUGGGGUCUCCAAGCGAUUCCCGCUAUCAUAAACCGAGUAAUAGUAUUAUGGCAGCCGGCAGAACUGCUCACAGAGACAGGUUUCCAAGUGUUGAUAACGCGCCACCGUAGACCCGGAUACGGAACCAAAUUCAAUGUGCCCUUUUUCAUUACCACUCAGGAAGUCAAACAGGCCGUCCGUCUCGGAUGCAAGGGCUUCGCAUUGACCAUAGAUCCUGUUCGUGCCGGAAAGAUAGAACGUGAUUUGCGAGUGAGAAUGUCUAAGCGUUCUCCAAAGGGUACAAAUCCCGAUGAUGAUGAGGAGGAGGCUGAUGGCUUUGCUGGAGAACCUUCGGUGGGACGACCCUUCGAGAAUCACUGA